AUGGUCUCCAAGCUGACUCAUCUCCAAGUGGAGCUGCUGGAAGCGCUGCUGGAGUCGGGGCUGACCAAGGAGACCUUGAUCAAGGCUCUGAGCGAAGCGGAACCCUACGGGCUGCAGAGCGAGAGCCAGCGCGCCAUCAAUGCCCUCCAGAGCGAGAAAGGGGAGCCCUGCCCCGACAUCCCCAACCUCCCCAACGGAAUGGGGGAGUCCAGGCCAUCGGAAGACGAAACCUCCGAUGACGGAGAGGAAUUUACCCCUCCAAUAAUGAAGGAGCUGGAAAACUUGAGCCCUGAGGAGGCUGCUCACCAGAAGGCUGUGGUGGAAAGACUAUUACAAGAGGAUCCCUGGCGAGUAGCAAAGAUGGUGAAAUCUUACCUCCAGCAGCACAACAUCCCUCAGCGUGAGGUGGUGGACACCACAGGUCUGAACCAAUCCCACCUCUCACAACACCUCAACAAGGGCACUCCCAUGAAGACCCAAAAACGGGCAGCCCUGUACACCUGGUAUGUCCGGAAGCAGCGAGAGGUGGCCCAGCAAUUCACACAUGCUGGCCAGGGUAUCCUGACAGAUGAGCCCAUGGGAGAUGACCUGCCCACCAAGAAGGGAAGGAGAAACCGCUUUAAGUGGGGUCCUGCCUCCCAACAGAUCCUGUUCCAAGCCUAUGAGAGGCAGAAAAACCCCAGCAAAGAAGAGAGGGAGGCACUGGUGGAAGAGUGCAACAGGGCAGAGUGUAUUCAGAGAGGUGUUUCCCCAUCUCAGGCCCAGGGACUGGGCUCAAACCUGGUGACAGAGGUCAGAGUUUACAACUGGUUUGCCAACCGCAGGAAGGAGGAGGCUUUCCGGCACAAGCUGGCCAUGGACACCUUCAGCGGCCCGCAGCCCGCCUCGGCCCCGCCUCUCACCCCGCACAGCUCCUCCUCCCUGCAGCCGCCACCGGCCCUCUCGCCCAGCAAGGUUCACGGAGUGAGGUACAACCAGCAGCCAGCCAGUGAGGCAGAGUCCUCCAGCAGCAACCACCAUGGGAACAGCUCCAUGGUGACCACCCAAACCAUCCUGCAUCAGGUUUCUCCCCCUGGACUGGAGCCCAGCCAGAACCUGCUGAGCACAGACACUAAGCUGGUAUCAGCUCCUGGAGGAACUCUCCCUCCUGUCAGCACCCUGACUGCCCUGCACAGCCUGGAGCAAAGCCCACACACGCUGAGCCAGCAGACCCAGAACCUGAUCAUGGCAUCCCUGCCGGGGGUCAUGGCCAUCGGGGCGGGCGAGACGCCGUCCCUGGCGCCCGCCUUCACCAACACGGGAGCCUCCACGCUGGUGAUCGGCCUGGCCUCAACCCAGCCCCAGAGUGUUCCUGUAAUAAACAGCAUGGGGAGCAGCCUCACUACCCUGCAGCCUGUUCAGUUCUCCCAGCAACUGCACCCAUCCUACCAGCAGCCCCUCAUGCAGCAAGUCCAGAGCCACAUCAACCAGAGCCCCUUCAUGGCUACCAUGGCUCAGAUACAGAACCCUCACGCUCUUUAUGGCCCCAAAUCUGAAGUGACUCAAUACACACAUGCAGGCCUCUUACCACAAACCAUGGUGAUAACAGACACAGCCAAUCUCAGCGCCCUGACCAACCUGACACCAACUAAACAGGCAUUCACACCUGACUCAGAGACCCACACCGAGUCUGGGAUGCACACACCAGUGUCACAGGCACCAACAAUCCAUCUACAGAACCAAGACACAACAAUCCAGCACCUUCAGCCAGGCCCACGCCUCACCUCGAGCCCUGCUGUGUCCUCCAGCAGCCUGGUGCUGUACCAAAGCUCUGACUCCACCAACAGCCACAGCCAGCUGCUGCCAUCCACUCACAACGUCAUUGAGACCUUCAUCUCCACACAGAUGGCAUCUUCCAGCCAGUAACCACCACCAGCAGCUCCUGAGUGACUGCCACAACCAACCUGCCAGGUGCAACUCCAGCCGUGUUUGCCACCACAGCCUCACACAAACCCCUGCUCAGCUGCCUCCAGGAGAGAAAAAGUCUCAGGCUCAAGACAGAAAACAUGGACAGAUGAUGCUGGCACUGCUGAAAUCCACUGCCACCCCCCCAAAAAAAACCUCCAGCAAACCUUAACCCCAGCAGCCAGCUCAGAAUGGCCAGACAUCCUUUUGUGGCUGCCCAAGAAGGAAUCCCAACAGUGUCAGGACGUGGAUGGGACUUGAAUCCACUCAGCUUUCAUCAAGCUGGGCCUGUAUGAACCUGUCAGCACCAGACUAAACCAUGUGGGAAAGAGCAAGGCUGAGCUGCCAAGGAAGGGACGCCACCUUUAAACACUCUGCUCUGCUGUAAGGAAGCACCAACAGGAACUAUAAGAAAUAACAGAACCUUGGAAGUUCCUGACUUUGCAAUGAGAAUAACCAAGAAACAGAUUUGGGAAUGGCUUGGCACAAACCUGUCAGUAUGGGAUCACUGACAAGCUAUAAAUCCUUAACUAACUACCAAAAUACCAAACAUUCUCAGUUAAAAAUGACCUGCUCUAAAAUCAUGCUAUCCUAGUGGAAAUGGCUUGGUUGUUUUUGAUAUAGCUCUGCUUUGUUUUAAAUGCAGAAAUUAAAGUUUAACAGCUGCAA